AUGCACGCUUUCGUAUCAAGCGUUACCCAGUGUGGUCUAGAACCGCGCGCAAAACAAGGGUUUUGGGGCUCCGGCUCCGUGUGCAUCAGCGCACCGCGGCGUCCGAGCGCAGCAGCACGCCGUGUGCUCCCAGGUUUGCACAUGGGACACCAAACCCGGGCACAGAAGGAGGCUAUAGUCCAAAGCCUUCGUGAACAGUUGCGCAAGGCGGAGGCUGUGGUUGCGUUGCCUCUUGAGGGACUGAAGCACCAGCAGCUCGAGCGGCUCAAAAGCUCGCUUCCAGCUACAGUGCACUGCAAGGUUAUUAAAAACUCGUAUUUCCAAAAAGCAGCAAACGGCGUCACCUGGUUACAGUCGACCUCGAAAGAGGGCGAGGAUGCUCUGCUCGCAAAGCCGCUCCUGAAGCUCGCCAACUUCUGGUUCCUCGCCGAAAAUCUCGAUGACUUGCCGGCCGCCAUUCGAGCGUACGAGGCAGUUAUCGAGGAGCUCAAGCUGGAGCAAACCAACAAAAUCCGAGGCGGCGUGCUUGAAGGACAAUUAUACGAUGGCGACUCUAUGGCGCGCGUGGGUAAGAUUCCCACGAAGCAGGAGCUCUACCGCGACAUCGCCAUAGUGAUGCGCAUGGUACCCACGAGACUCGCCCGAGCCUUGAAGAUUUUGCCAACGAACGUGGCCCGUGCCGUUCGGCUAGCCAAAGUCGACGUUGAUGCGGCUGCAUCGUAG